CGCGCGGCCUAACGAGUCAAUCAUAUAAAAAGACCGAACUUCAAACGAGCCGUUGAAAACGAUAAAUUCUACUAACAACAAAAAAAAAGAAAGAAAAAAACCCACAAGUGACAAGUGCAUUUCACAAGUGCAGGAGAAAUUUUCGGCGCCUCUGUUGUGCCGGCGGUAUCUGAGGCCAUAAUAUCCCCACCUCCCACUUCUAACUCAAGUUUGUGUCUUAUGUGGCUAAUUUGCUAAUUCGCGUCGAGUCAACGCUAAUUGGCAAAAUCUGUGCAUUUGGCCAAAGUAAAUAUCAAGUUUCAAUAUUUGCUGUAUGCGCGAAAAUUGAGAAUUAUAUCUGGCUCCGUUUCACCCAUCUGCCAAAGGCCAAUUCUCAAUUACCGGCAAAAAUAAUAAAUCGAAUAUAGUUUUGUGAGGUGCAAAAUAAAAGAAACGACUGAUUUUUGUUGACUGUCUUAAAAACAGUUGUUGACUUAAGCGAUAAUAGAAUUGGAAAUCGUAAAAGCUUCUAUUACCACUUCUGAAAUUGUCGCCUGGAUGUCGAAGAAGUCUAUGCAAAAGCACUUCAGCAUACAAAUAGCGAUGUAAACAGUUGCCAACGGGAUACAGACGAGAGCAAGGAAAAUAAAUUAUAAACAACCAAAAGAAAAGACAAAAACAACAACAGCUGCAACAAGGAAUUUUAAAGAUGAGCAACAACCGCUGCCAAAUGAUGUUGAGCUGCCUAGUAAUUACCUUAGGUUUAUUGGCUUGCACAAGCCAGGCACAAUUACAUUCGAGCGCUUCCAGGGCCGGUGUCAGCUUUGCACCGCAGGAUGGGGGCGUGUCAGUGCCACCGAAAAAGGUGCACAAUCAUCGCAUGUACGGCAUGUGCCCGCCGCAAUUUCAGCGCGUCGGCACCGAUUGCUACUCGCUGGUGCAGCAGCCCAGCAACUGGCUGGAGGCGCACUUCUUCUGCAAGGAUAAGAACGCCAAUCUGGCCGAACCCACAAAGAAAGCGGACCGCAAGCUGAGAUCCUAUCUACAGCGACAGGAUUCGCAGACGGGCGCGCAUGACCCCAUUUGGAUUGGUGCUACCUAUGACCAUCACAACAAUUACUGGCAAUGGAGCGUCAGUGGUCGCAAUUUGACCUACGAUGCAUUUAAUCAGAUGGAUCCAACCUAUGUGCAACUUUUCUCCGACAGCAACCCAUUGGAUAAAAAUUGCGGUGUCUACGAUCCAAAUUUGAAAUAUCAUUGGUCAGCACGCUCCUGCCCGGACAAACUGCGUUUCAUAUGCCAGCACAAGAUGCCAAAAGUGAGUGAAGCAAAUCGCUAUAAGAUCUACGAUCGCUGGAAUGUCACAUAUCCCAAUGCAUUGGCCAAUGAGGUCGUACUGGAGGUCGUAGGCGGACGUGGCAAGGAUGGCAGAUAUCAACGACUCGUUGUAGCCGAAGGCAGCGCCGAACAAAUGACUAUUCCCGGUCGCAGGCGUGCUGGCACUCGUCGCCACCCAGCGAAACAUCCCAAUGAUGUUAACUAUCGGCCUAAGAAUCAUACACACAAGCGACCAGGCGUGAGCUCAACUACGCCGUCAACUCCCGCGUUCUACAGAAGUGGUAUACCAUCUACAGCUGCAACCCAGCCCCGCAGACCCACAACUCACCCGCGUUUGACGCAAUUCGAUCGCAAGCUGCAGCGUCAGCGGGAGAGGGAGCUACGCAGGCAGUUGCGUAGGAAGGAGCGAUUGGAGAGACGCCACAAGAUGCUGGAAAAGAGACUUCUAAGCAAGGCAGCCGAGGAAAAGCAUCAUGAGCAACUGCAGCAGCAUCAGCAGCAAAGUGAACCCGACGCAUUGCGUCAGCGCAACAUGGAGGAGCAGCAGAGACAGGAGCGCGAACACCACGAACAGCAAUUACAAGUGGAGAAGCAGCGACGCAAGCAGAAACAAGAACAACUACGCGAACAGGAGAAGCAGCAACGCCAGCAAGAACAGGAACACGAGCUGGAGAAGCAGCAACGCCAGCAGGAACAGGAACGCGAACUGGAGAAGCAGCAACGCCAGCAGGAACAAGAAGGCGAACAGGAGCGACUAAAGCGGAAGCAGGUCGAAGAUGAACGUCAACGUGUCAUCGACGACGAAGCCCGUCAGAUGCGCGAGGAGAGGCUGAGGAAGCAGCGGGAACGUGAGGCGGAGGAGAGAAAAGUACGCGAGGAGCAGCUGCGCAAGCAAAAGGCGGAACAGGAUGAAAUUGAUCGACGCAACGCGGAGCAGCGUUUAGCCAAUGAAAAGCGUCUGCGCGAGGAACAUGAGAAGCGACUGCUCGAGGCCAAGUCGGAGCAGGAGCGGAUAUUGCAGGAGGCGCACGAGGCGAAGAUACGCGAAGAAAAGGCUGUAGAGGAGGCGCUGGCGGAGAAGGAGCGCCAACGACAGGAGCAAAUACGUCGCGCCCAGAAGGAGGAGGAGGAACGCCAGGAACUGGAGCAGUUCGAGAAGGAGCGUCUCUUCCAGCAGCGCGAAAUCCAACGCCUGCGAGAGGAAGAAGCACGUCGUGAACAACUGACGCGACAGCGUCAAGCAGAGAUUGAGCAACGGGAGGCGGAGGAGCGCAGGUUAGCCGAAGAAGAGGACCGAGUGCGCAAAGAGCUGGUGGAGGCGGAGAAGGCGCAUAAGCGCCAACAGGAGUACGAAAUCGAGCUCGCUGAACGGGAGCGCCAACAGCGGCAGGAAGCAGAAAAAGCAGCCGAAGCCGCCAAGACGCCACAGAGCGAAAGUCUACAGCAAGCCCUAAAGAGUGCCAACGAUGAUGUAGCUCAACAGUUGGAGGAAAAGCGUCGCAAGUAUGCAGAACGUAUCGCUGCACUGUCUCCCGAGGAUCAGGAGAAGUUUAUUGAGAUGCGCAAGAAGCGCAAGCAGAUGCGCGAGAAGCAGCUAAUGGCAAGGGAGCAAACGAAGCUUAAGCGGAUACAGGAGGCUAUUCGCCUACACAGUAUACAGUAAAUCCCAUGCACAGCCCCUAUACAUACACCCGGACAAACCCAGACAAUCCCACACACACACACACACAUACACACACACACACACACACACACACACACACACAUACACACAUACACACAUACACACACACACACACACACCUACACACCUACACACACUAACCAACAGUUAAGAAAACAUAUCGUAAAUAUUUUUGGAAGCAAAUUUGUUUUCAUUCCUUCUUCUUAGAUUCUUUUUGAAUUUGUUUUGUUAUUGUUUUAUUGCUUUCGCACACACAAGUAUUAUUUACAUUAGACAAACGAAAGUAAAAGUUUUGAAUUCAAACAACAAUAGCAUUUGCAAUAGUCGCACACUUUUUUGAAAAUAUUCGGAUCGUGAAAUAUUUGUCAGGCAAAAGAUGACUAUAUAUAGUAAUGUACAGCUAAUAUAUAUAUAUA